GCCACCUAGUGAUUCGUGGAAAGGUGUCUGGCGUCGUUUCAGUGCAAAGAAACCAUGUUAUCUGCAAAAUUUACGUUGCAAUCGGUUUAAUUCUUGGUUAGACACCUCGUGAUAAUAGCAUUGAUGCCUGGUGCUACAGCCACCACUCCUCAUCAUCAUCAUGACCACCACCGUCACCACCCAUUCCACAUCCGGCCACGUGUCCAUGAUGGGCAACACUGUCACAACCGGCACCUCCUGCGACAGUGCCAUCAUGGGGCCCCAAGUGUCCACGUCAUCGGUCAGCAGCAUGUCCGGACUGCUCAAUUCCAGAAAUUUGGUACAGGAUGAAAAACUGGUGGUAGCCACCCUGGCAACCCUGGACUCUGGCAACCCCAGCAACCUCAUCAAACAGGACCUCAAGUGGAUCAUUCAGUCUCGGCGCAAGGCAGAAGGAAAAGCUGAGCUACAGGUUGAGUUUAAAAAACCUGUCAAAGAUGAGUUAACUUCUGAAGAACUGGUUAAAAGAGCACGGAGACGAGAGCUAAACCGGUUAGCAGCCCGACGGUCACGGGAGAAGGGACAAAAGCGUAAAGAUAUGUUGGUCGAGGAAAUCCGAAAACUUCAGUCCCAGAAUUCCGAGCUGAUCAAUCUACUAGGUGGUCUGACAGAGCAGCGCAACAACAUCAUUGACACCCUGAGGCAGCACAUGAAGCAAUGUUCUGACUACCAAGCCACGCAGAACGCUGCAGUAGGCAUGUCCCAAAGAGUGCUAGAAAUGUUAGGCUUCCCAUCAUCCUCCUCCCUGCCGCACGAUAUCCCAGGUGUGUCUGGCUUGUACAUCAGCACGGAAGAUCUGUCGCCCACAACGUCCCAGUCUCUCAGUCCAUCGAUCAUCAUUAAAGAGGAAAGGUUUUCCUACUCGAGUUCCCCGUCCUCACCCGUCAUUGUCGGCCUGAGUGGUAAGCCUUUGAUUGCGGCCGAGCCUUUAAGGCCGGUCAAGGCUAUGAUAAAAGUCGAAGACUCCCCUCCUUUGUUGAGUCCAUGUGUGUUUCACCCAUCAUCUAGUCCAUCAGCGACCUUCUCCAAGUCAGCCAUUUCUAAAAUAUCCCCGUUUGAAAAUUCCUUACUGCUCGAGCCCCAGCUCAAUUUAGCCAAACGCCGAAGCUCGACUCAGAUUCUGGAGCCUCCCCCACCCCCGUCGUCAGUUGAAAGCGAGUCUUCUUACGAGUCGGAGUACCCCCAGUACAAGCACAAGUUAAUGAAACACAGGAAACAGUCUACUUUCUCUUCCGACUUCACCAAGCCAUCGUCAUUAGGUGUCCGUUAUAAUCGUGUGGCCAAUAGUGCAAACCUGAACCUUUUCAUCAGCGCGGAUGUAGGUGGCCGAAUAGACAACCUUGAUCGGCCGUUGGAUCUUGCGGUUAAAAAACGAUCCAGCAGUGUCUGCAUUGAUAAAGAGGAGGAUACGAGAUCCACGGAUACGUGGCCUCUGUCUGGAUCAUGUAUGGGCCUCGCUGGUCGCGGUAUAGAACGCAGGUGGUCAGUGGACGACCACCACUCCAUCAGCCAGCCUUUAAACCUCAGCAGGGAAUCAUUUGACGAGGACAUCAGCUUGUCAAGCAGCAGCAGUAACCUUCCAGCUCCCUCCGGCUCCCAGUAUUCAGGCUAUAUCGUCGAGCCCUACAGCUAGCACAGGUUCAGGCUUAGUUUUAAAAACAAUCAUUUCCUUUGGAUUUAUCUCCCUUUUGGUUUGCUGUGAAAAUGAUUUUAUCUGUUGUGUCGGGAUUUUUAUGUUCUUAUUUUCGCUAAAUUUCUUUAGGUUUUACUAAAGUGAUUUGAAAUUUUUAAAUGUACAUAUAAAGGCAAUUAAUUUUUAAAUUUUUACUUCUGCUAAAGAAAUACAUUUUAUAAUUUUUAGUUGUUGACUUUUUGCAUAAUUUUUCAGAUUAAUUUAUUAUAUUUUUUUAAAGAGAAAAUAAUUUAUAAUUAAACUGAGCAGCAUAUAAAUAUUUUUAACAUAAUUUGUAUAUAGCUAUAUUUUAUUUUAGUCUAUGGUAGUUACCUCCCUUGUUUCUGUGAUGAGUGGGCUUCUUAUCCUCAUUGUAGCACAAAGGCUGGUGUUGAGAAAUUGUCACAUUUUGUUACACAACAUGGCAAGCAACUAACUCAUCACUCCCCUUGAGUUUAAUUCUCUGUUUUGUUCAUUUAUCUAAUAGUCUUAUUGCAAAUCUUCCUCUAUUUUUUAUAGACGUUUUUUUAAGCAUUUGUGUUACAUAGAAAUUAUAUUUAAUGCAUGUUGUACUAUUUGAUUAACUUUUUUGUUUUACUUUAUCUUUAAAUGUGAAACGUUUAUAUUUUAAAAAAUAAGUCAUUUAGUAAAAUAAUAAUUGUAAUUUACCAGAUGGUGAAAAGUUGUCCUGCUGGUACUAUACAAAUAUAAUUUUAAAAUACGUUAUACAAUUUCCCAUAAAAAAAUAUUUUCCAGUUUUAACCUCAUAUCCCUAAAACAUUUUCUAACACAUAAAUUGUCUGUGAUACCGCCUCAAAUGCUAACUUUUCAGGAAUCUUGCUCCGAGUUAUGCAUGAUUUAGACCUCUGAAUGAGAAUUUUAUUCUACCCAAUCUUCAGUCCUAACCUUUUUUAACUAAAUUAUUUCUAAAAUAUAUUUACCUCUAUUACCCUUGGAGUAAUUAUCUCCCUUGCUUAACAUUUUAGUUUGAGAGAGUAC